AUGGAGCGCGAACUCAGACGCCUAGGCGAGGUCACCGUGGUGGCCCCGGCCACCGAACAGAGUGGGGUCGGCCACUCGAUCACGUUUCUCACCCCAUUGAUUGUGCAGGAGGUCUACGAUGGCCCCCGCCACCGGGGUUGGGCCGUCGAGGGGAGCCCGGCCGAUUGCGUGAAGAUCGGAAUCUUCGAGUUCUGCCAAGAGCGGCCCGACCUGAUUAUCAGCGGCAUUAACAAUGGGCUGAACGCCGGCAUCAAUGUCCUCUACUCCGGCACAGUGGCCGCGGCCAUCGAGGGUGCUUUCUUCGGCAUCACCAGCAUGGCGGUUUCGCUGGAGUACGACGAGCACGGUCCCUUCGACGCAGCCGCCCGACUGGCCCGCGAGAUCAUCGAACAGGUGCUCGAAUUCAAGAAACCCGAGCCGCAGCUCUACAACCUCAACAUCCCGAUUGCCGCGCUGGAAGGGAACAGCCAGCUCCGCGUCGUCCCCAUGGGGGUCGCUCGAUACGGUGAGCACUUCGAAAAGCGGACCGACCCCCGCGGACGCAGCUACUAUUGGGCCACCAACGAUCCGCCACCCCCGGCUGGCGGGGAAGCCAGCGAUCUUUCCGCUCUGGCAGCCGGUGACAUGUCGCUCACCCCCUUGAGCUUUGACAUGACAACCCGCGAUGUAUUGACCGAGAUGCAGGAACACGCAGCUAAGGAACUCCAUCAGGUGUUCCGCGAGAACCAAAUCAGCGACGGGCUCGUGAUCGACGUUGGUUGUGGGAGCGGAAUUUGGGCUGAAGCAUUGAUCGCUCAUGGCUACCAGGCCCUGGGCAUCGAUCAGUCGGCCAGCAUGAUCGACAUUGCAAGGCAACGCGUGCCCGAGGCCGAGUUCCGUACCGAAUCUUUCCUUACCAGCGAGCUCCCGCCCUGCAAAGCAAUCACCGCCCUGGGCGAGGUGCUCAACUACCAGUUCGACGAGCGAAACUCUCGCGACGCGUUGAUUGGUUUCUUCAACAAGGCGUACCAAGCCCUGGAGCCCGGGGGAUUGUUCGUGUUCGAUCUGGCCGGUCCCGGAAGAAACAAAACCACACCACAACUCUUUCGCGACAGUGAGGACUGGACCUGCCUGGUCCAGCACACGCUCAACGAAUCGAACGAUUUCCUAUCCCGGUCAAUCAUCACCUACCGAAAAGUCGGCGACCUUUACCGCAGAGACGAAGAAACCCACGAGAUGCAGCUAUACCCUCCAGACGAAAUCGUUCGGGAGCUGCAACAAAUCGGAUUCGAGGUGCAAACCGUCGACCGCUACGGCGAGUUCGUGUUCCCCGACGCGCUGAUUGGAUAUGUGUGCCGGAAGAAGUAA